CGCCUUCUCAUCGCUACCAUCCGCCCUACACCACCUCACCAUCCUCCCAUCGUACGCAGGGCAGUAGCGGCGGCCACUCCACCUCCUCCUCUUCCCCCCAUCCUUCAGGCAGGUCAUGGUCGUCCUCGACUACCAGCCUUCGCCAUCCCUCCAUCGUCCCCAGUCGGAGACAUUCUCCGAUUCACCCUUCUGGGACAACUCGCCCGCAUCCACACUCGCCCUCUUCGAAGAUGCGCCCAAUGUACAGGCCCACUCCCGCGAGAAGAUCUCCUACUACUUUCCAAAGGGCGUAGGAGAGUAUCACUAUGGCAUGCUGCAUCCCAUGAAGCCUGCUAGGCUCACCUUGACCAAUAGGCUGGUCCUUGGCUAUGGCUUGCAUGAGAAGAUGGAGUGCUAUACCCCGCGCUCAGCAACGAGGGAAGAGUUGGAAGAGUUUCAUGACCAGGAGUACGUCGAGUUCCUGAGUACCGUGACGCCGUCCACUGUCCCCAACGCCUCCUUCUCUCGUUUCAACUUUGCCGAUGACUGUCCCAUCUUCGAAGGCAUGUAUGACUUUUGUCGCUCCUACACCGGAGCUUCGCUAGCAGCUGCGCGGAAGCUAGCGUCAGGAACUACAGACAUAGCCAUCAACUGGUCCGGAGGAUUGCACCACGGCAAGAAGGGCGAGGCAUCCGGAUUCUGUUACAUCAACGACAUCGUCAUUGCUAUCCUCCAGCUAUUGAGAUAUCAUGCUCGGGUCUUGUACAUUGACAUUGACAUCCAUCACGGUGAUGGAGUACAAGAGGCCUUCUACAACUCCAAUCGAGUCAUGACCGUCUCUUUCCACAAGUACGGCAAUGACUUCUUCCCCUGUACGGGUGCGCUCAGCGAGGUGGGCAUGGGGCUGGGCAAGCACUUUUGUCUCAAUGUACCUCUGCAGGAUGGAAUCGAUGACGCUGGCUACGUGGGUCUCUUCAAAUCGGUCAUGGAGCGGACCAUCGAGACUUUCAGGCCGGCCUCGAUCGUCUUGCAGUGCGGCGCAGACUCACUGGGACUGGAUCGUCUUGGCUGCUUCAACUUGAGCAUCGCAGCUCAUGGCGAGUGUGUAAGAUUCAUCAAGUCAUUCGGCCUGCCCCUCUUGGUCCUCGGCGGCGGAGGCUACACGAUCCGCAACGUAGCUCGAUGCUGGGCCUACGAGACGUCUGUCUUGACUGGCACAACCAUCCCAGAUGCCCUUCCCUCUACGCCCUACGAUGACUUCUUCCAGCCGUCCAGGCGCUUGCACGAGACGCUAGGGGCAGGCAGGGUGGAGAACCAGAACACGAAGGCCAGUCUGGAGAAGAUUCGGGUGAAGAUCAUGGAGGAGUUGCGGUACCUACAUGGGGCGCCUAGUGUGCAGAUGCAAGAGCUGCCACCAGAUUUGGCUGGGGGGUGGCUAGAGGAGGAUAAGGUGGGCGAUGAGAGGGCGGACAAGUAGGCUGUCCGCCGCGAAGAAGAGAAGAAGUUGAUGCUGCUAUACCCACCCAUUUGUACCACUUGUACCAACAUGUCAUCUGCAUCCAUGUACACUGUACCAAUACACAAUCAUCGCUCUCACGGUUCUCUUG